GUUCUCUAACGUUCUCAGUUUUAAUCGUCGUGAGCGGAAGUAAUUCAUAUUGUCAACAAUGUCAUCGAAGCAGACGAAGGAGGAGCAAGCGGUGACCGGCGCCGGAGACGGCGACGCCACUGUGCAGGAGACAAGAGGCGGGGGCACUAUCCUCGGUAACCUCGUAGGCGCUGUGCAAGGAACUCUGCAGACGGCCAAGGAGGUCGCUUUCGGCGGCUCUGGCGAGAGGGAGGAUGAAUCGAAUGAAAGAGCCGGUGAAUUCAAGGAUAAGGUGAGGGAGUUUAAGGAAGACAGUGAAGGAAAGACGGAAGAUAAGGCGGAGGAGGCGAAGGAGAGGUUGAGAGAGUACACCGACAGCGCGAAAGGUAAGACAAGUGAGUACAAGGACUCUGCUGCGCAGAAAACAGAGGAGGCCAAGGAGAAUAUCAAAGAUAAGGCAGGCGAGUACAAGGACUCUGCUGCGAAGAAAACAGGAGAGGUCACAGAAAACAUCAAAGAGAAAGCUGGGGAAUACAAGGAUUCAGCGGCACAAAAGGCAGAGGAAGGCAAGGAGAAGCUUAAGGAAUACAAAGAUUCUGCUGUGGGGAAAGCAGAAGAGGACAAGGAGAGGUUGAAAGACUACGCUGAUGAGGGCAAAGCGCAACGCGAGUAUGGAGGUGAGAGCGAGCAAGGGAGAGGAAUUCUCGGCGGUGUAAUUGGUAGUAUAGUUGGGGCCGUACAGGGAACUCUAGGGAAGGCCAGGGAGGUUGCCUUCAGUGGCUCUGGUGAGCGGGAGGAAGAAGCAAAAGUGAAAUCUAGUGAGUACGAGGAGGCUGCUGGGCAAAAGAUAGAGGAUGCGAAGGGCAAGGUGAGGGAGUACGAGGACGCCAGCAAAGGGAAGGCCGAGGAGGCGAAGGAGAACUUGAGAGGGUACGCUGACAGCGCAAAAGAGAAGACCGAAGAGUUAAAGGACUCCGCGGCACAAAAAACAGAGGAGGUGAAGAACAACAUCAAAGGUAAGGCUGGCGAGUACAAGGACUCUGCCUCACAGAGACUGAAAGACUACCAAGACACUGUUGCGGAAAAUGCACGAGAAACGAAGGCCUCUACUGAGCAGAAACUAGACGAUUACGCGGAAACCACAAAGGAGAAAGCGGGAGAAACCAAGGACUCUACGUCCCAAAAGCUUAGAGAGUACAAGGACGCUGCCGUGGCAAAGGCUACCGAAGCAAAAGACAGAACGGGAGAGAAGGCCGUGGAGACCAAGGAUGCUGCAGUAGAGAAGGCGAAGGAAAGCAAGGAUAACUUGUUGGGGAAAGCGGGAGAAACUAAGGAUUCUACCUCACAAAAGCUUGGAGAGUACAAAGACACUGCUUUGGCAAGGGCUACAGAAGCAAAAGACAGAACGGGGGAGAAGACCGUGGAGACCAAGGAUGCAACUGUGGAGACGGCGAAGGAAAGCAAGGAUAACUUGGUGGAUAAAGCGGUGGAAACUGCACAACGAGCCAUGGAUUAUUUGACGGGCAACCGGAAGGAGAACGAGGGAAGAGAUGAUGACACUAUUGAUGGCACGAAGGAGAAGUUGGUUGAGACCAAAGAGUCGGAACAGGAGAAAUUAGACGAUGUGGAGCGGAGAUUGAGGGACUUGGGAGUGGCGAAGAGCGGAGAGAAGUGAAGGACUAAGGAAGGGCAGGGCAUUGGAACUAUAGUAGUCGCGUUUAAGUGCAUUGGAACUAUAGGAUCGCUUAUUAUUUGAAGUUAUUGUGCGUGCUUUUUUUUUUCCCCUUUUUUUUUAGGUCUGGAUUUUUAUUGUUAGU